AUGAGAUGCGAUGUGGGAUAUAUUGAUCCCAGGAAAAUAUUUCCUAAACAAAAAGCGAGCUCAAAAUCUUUGUUGGUAGUUUUCUCACAAACAGAUUCAAUGUUACAGUCACACAAUGGUACCCCUACGAGAUCCCCAUCCAAAAAAAAGGAACUAAUUGAUUCAUUGGGUGCGGUUAAUCGAUUCCCAAGUCUUUCGCCAGUGAAAACACCGAAUGGGCGUGCUGGUUUACGUUCUCCAGAAAAGAGAAGUAUUAUAGAUUUGGACAAGUCUGCCAGGAAAAAGGCACAUCACACAUUGUACGACAAAUUGAUGAAUGAUGAGCUUGAAUCAGACGACUUUCUUGACAGACAAGACAGGGCGUUGGCAGAGAGUAUCAUACGGCUGUCGAGAAAAGAACCAAAUAAUUGGAUGCCUGAUAGGAAUUAUGGCAGCGAUGUUGAACUUGAAGUUGACUUGACUGCGGUAUCUAAAAAAGGCAGGCGCAUUAAGAAGAGAUACAUUGAAGAUAAUCUAGAUGACGAACAUGACUUUGUAUCCGACUCAGAAGUUCUGCAUGAGAGCGUGGAUGACAGUGGUAGCGACUCAGACGAGUCCGUAUCAAAAGAGUUUUCCUCGCCACACAGGAGGACAUAUCUUGAAACUGCUUCCAAGGCCAGCAAUGGAGAUUCAAAGAGCAAAAGGAGACGAAUCAGAGGUCAAGUUGUUGCAGAGAAAGUCAAAAGUAUAUUCCACCAGGAUGAUGAGCUCUUUGAUCAAGGCUCUCCAGCUGAUUUCGAUCUGCCGCCUCCCCCUGUGGCCCAAAGCGUAGCCAAAAAGUCAUUCGCAAAUUUAUUAAUCAGUCAAUACUCAGAUAGAACUACGGUGCCGAUCGUUAGUGGACUCAAUGCAAGAAAAUAUGAGCAAUCACUAGAAAAGGAAAAAUUUGAACCCUUGCCAGUCCCAGAAUUAGAUUGUGAGGGACACAUAAAGAAUAAUUCCUACUUGGAAAGGUAUUUUGAAGGAAGAGACCCAUCUAGAGUGAACCAAGAAAGAUUGUUGGAUGAAAAGGUGUUUUCCAUGGAAGGCCCAGAAGGAUACUUUGAACAACUUCAUAGGAGGUUUAAAGUAAAUGCAAAAUCUUUGAUUGCAGUUGCCCCUCAUGUUAGUGAAUCAGAGUUUGACGACGCAAUCCAGUUGAGUGAGACAAUAUGUCAAGAUCAAAAAAGCACACUCUUCAGCCUUCAUAAAUAUUUGUACAACCAGUGGUGCUUCGAGUUGAGUCAAAACUAUAAUCUAAUGUUUUAUGGUGUAGGAUCGAAAUUGAAUGUGAUCAAUGAUUUUGUUGAAAACUAUGUUGGAAGCUGGUGGGAUGCCAUAUUUGGUGGUGCACCACCAAAAGCAUUGGUUGUUAACGGAUAUAACCCAAAUGUUGACUUCAAGGCAAUCGCGCUACAAAUAGCCUCAGUCCUUUUACCCGGAGAGGAAAGCAGAUUUCCCAAGCACGUUUCGGAGACUGUACCAUAUUUGGUUGAUCAAAUGGAGAGAAAUAGAGAGCAACUACCUUCAGAGAGAAUACUAAAACCCCAGUUGUUAUUAGUGGUACACAACUUAGACGGGGAAGCUUUCAGAACAGACAAAAUACAAGGACUAUUUGCCCAGUUAAUGAGUAUCCCUGAAAUCUGGGUAUUAUCCUCCAUAGAUCACAUAAAUGCUCCUCUUCUAUGGGAUCUGUCAAAGUCGAAAAGUAUGAACUUGAUUUGGCAUGACUUGACGACGUAUAACACCUACUCCAUUGAGACAUCAUUCAAGGAUGUGUUGAGUAUGGGCAAAUCCAAAAAGUACAUUGGAAGUCUAGGAGCGAAGUUUGUCCUAAGAUCAUUGACAGAUAACCAUCGACAAUUGUACAAAAUCUUACUUGCUGAUCAGCUAGGUAACAUGGAGGUUACCGCUUCUUCAAAGGGGUUUGGUUUGAAAGGAACGGUAAAAUUUGGCGUGGAUUUGAAAACCUUGUACAACCAGUGUUUAGAUGAAUUCAUCGUCUCAAACGAAGUGACAUUCAGAACAUUUUUAAAAGAAUAUGUUGACCAUAAAAUGUGUCAACUAGUUAAGGAUUCUUCCGGUUUGGAGAAAACGUUUAUACCUUUCACGUUUGGCGAAUUGCAAGAGCUAAAAAGGCAAGAAUUCGGGUAA